UCCUGUGAAUCCAGAUGAUGAAUGUGGCUAAUAAGUCUGUUGUGACUGAAUUUGUUUUGCUGGGACUCUCUAAUUCCUGGGAACUACAGAUAUUUUUCUUCAUAGUGUUUUCACUCUUUUAUGUGGCAACAAUGGUGAGUAAUAGCAUCAUAGUCCUCAUCGUCAUAUCUGACUCUCGCCUACACUCUGCUAUGUAUUUCCUGCUUACCAAUCUUUCUAUUAUUGAUAUGUCUCUUGCUUCCUUUGCCACUCCCAAGAUGAUCAUAGAUUAUCUAACUGAUCAUAAAACAAUCUCUUUUGAUGGAUGCAUUGCCCAGAUAUUCUUUCUCCACCUGUUCACUGGUACUGAGAUUAUUUUACUAAUGGCCAUGUCUUUUGACAGGUAUAUUGCAAUUUGUAAACCUCUGCGCUAUGCCUCAAUCAUUAGUCCCCAGGUUUGUAUUGCCUUCGUGGUGUCCUCAUGGAUUGUAGGAACCAUGCAUUCAAUGAGUCAGGUCAUAUUUGCCCUUACAUUACCAUUCUGUGGUCCCAAUAAGAUAGAUAGCUUUUUCUGUGAUCUUCCUGUGGUGUUCCAGCUGUCUUGUGUGGAUACUUACGUUCUUGGUCUCUUUAUGAUUUCAACAAGUGGCAUUAUUGCAUUGUCUUGCUUCAUUCUGUUAUUUAAUUCAUACAUUAUUGUGCUGGUUACUAUCAAGCACCAUUCUUCCAAAGGAUCAUCUAAGGCUCUUUCAACCUGCACAGCCCACUUCAUCGUUGUCUUCAUGUUCUUUGGGCCAUGUAUCUUUAUCUAUAUGUGGCCACAAAACAGCUUUGUGAUAGAAAAGAUACUGUCUGUAUUUUAUACUAUAUUUACUCCCAUUAUGAACCCAGUGAUAUAUACUUUGAGAAAUCAUGAAGUAAAUUCAGCCAUGAGGAAACUGAGAAGUAAGUUCCUAAAUUUUAGAACAGAAACACCUUCCCAUUCUUUCUAG